AUCUACUUUCUUACUGUUUAAAAUCAUACUACUGUUUAACCAGAGGGUAAUAUAUUGGUGACAAAGCCAAAACUAUCUGAUGUAUUAUACAACUAUGCAAACCUUAGCUAACUAUAUAUUUUUUACUCACGUGCAGUUGAACGUCCAGCAGCAACGUUGUUUGCUUCCGAUUUUUUUGGUACAAGUUAGCUAGCAGCCGCACACAAUAAAAACAUAUCAACUAGAUUUAGUUUUAAUUUCAGUUUAACUAAGGUGUUAAAAACAAAUCAAUUUGGUUUUGGUUUUAGACUAAACUUCACAAAUAAAAAAUGUUAAACUUAAGGAUGCUAAAAUUUAAUUAGUUGUUUCAGGUAAGGUAGAUUGUGUUGUUCAAAUAUGAUGCUUUUAUUACUGGCACUGACUUAGCUAGUAUACCAAAGAUAAGUUUCCUCAAUAUUUGAAAGGACCUCAUUCGAUUGUCAAAAGUAUAUUCUGUUGAAAUGGAUUUUCAUAUUAAAGGUUUCCACUGGGUGGCUAGCUAUAGCUAUGCGUGGUGAAUCAAUAUCCAAUUGGUUUUUUUUCACUUGGUUUUUUUUAUUUGACAACAAAUUAUCUUUUUUUUCUACACUCUGCUGCAGGUAGAUAAGAUGACUUGCUAUAAACUUUGUUUACAUUUUUUUCGGCAGGCAAAUAGUUUUUUAACAAAUCAGAUCUUUUAAAAAAAAUUAUUAGCCAAUUGAAUUCCUUUAUUUUGCCUGCCAAAAAUAUAAAAACAACAAAUUAUCAAGACAGCAAGUCAUCUAUAUAUAUGUGGUGCCAUAUAAGAUCCUGAUAUAUAUAAAAAAAGGAAAAAUGUAUGUAUUUAUAAAAAUUUUUUGUAUGUGGUGCCAUAAUAGGACAGCAAAAUCCACAAGUAUGGUCUUUAGGAGGUCAACAUCGAUGGUCGUUUUAGAACUGGGGCAGGCAGUCUUCUUUGACUUGUGUAGAGAGCCCCCUAAUAGUCUCAAAAUGUGGUUGAAUAAACCUUUUUAAAAUGUUUAUUGAAGUGGCGGACACUGCUUUCUCUGGUAGAAUGUGCCAUAUAUUAACUCAGUGGCUUAAAUUUUAUUGCACAUGAAACAGUGUAGGUGACAUGCAAUAAUUAACCUGGGUAAUGGGGAUAAAGUAGGAGGGUUAAAGGGGUUAAGAAGUACAAAGCGUUUGUAAAGUUAUUUAAGACAUUAAAACCUUAAAUUCUUUUAAUCAUUAAUGGUCUUAUGAUAUUUAGCUGCAGUCAUGUAGUUGCGUAGAUGCGUUGUGGUUUUUUCUGCCAUGUCGAAAAAGUUGAAAGAUACGAAAAAAGAACAGAAAAUAUCAGAACAUCUAAGUGUAAAGAGUAGUGACAGUUACAAUCCUGAUCGUAAGAGUUAUGAAAAAGUAGAGGCAACUAAGCUGCCUAUGCUAUGCAAUGCCGUUUACAUGAAAGAUCUACAGAAGGUUAAGAAACUGUUAAAACUGAAUCCAUUAAAACACCUAACUCUUAAAGAUAAGAAUGGCAGAACGGCAUAUCACUAUGCCGCAUUUUUUGGUUACAAAGAGAUUUUAGAAGAAUUAAUAAAAGGAUCCAAACUUUUGGAUUUGCUGGACUCAAAGGAUGCUACUGGAAAAACACCGUUAUUUAAGGCUGUGGAAAGUUGCUCAGUUGAUUGUGUUGAUCUGUUAAUAUUGCAAGGUUGUCAGACAACAACUUAUGAAAAGAGUGGAACAACUGCACUUCAUGUAGCAGUACUUGCAAAUAAAAUACAACUUGUAGAAAUUUUAGUUGAAGAUGGCAAGGCUGAUAUUAACGUCCCGGAUCAGCUUGGAUUUACACCACUUCACCUUUCAUGUGGACUUGGGUAUAUCGAAGUUGUCAAAUACUUGCUUCUACAUCAUGCUAAUCCAAACACCAAAGAUAAGAAAGGAAGAACUCCCCUGUUUGGAGCAGCAAUGGACAAUUCAGGAACAAUAACUGAACUGCUUCUUGAAAAUGGGGCUGACCCAAAUGUUGUAGAUGAACUUGGUAAAUUACCUGCCAUACCAAAAAAACAUAAACACUUACAACGAAAACCAGGAAGAUCACCCUCACCAUUAUUUCCAGAAAAAACUAGCCAAAGUCGUGUACCCGUUGUUAAGCAUAAAGUAGAGAGAGAAAUACUUAAAGGAACCUCCAAAGAUCAGUCUGAUUCAAGUAAAGAAAGUGUACCUAUGGUUGAGCAAAAAGAUGAGGGAGAAGUAGUUCAGCAGACUUCAAAAGAGCUUCUUCCUGUUUCUACCAAGUUGCUAAUUUUGCCUAGUUACAGUAGUGAUAGGAAGGAAAAAGCUGUGUCAGCAGAUGAAAGUUCACAACCGCGUUCUCUGCCUGAAAUUCCUCAAACCAUCACUUCCAAAGAUAAUUUGAAUAAACUUAAAAAAGCACCAAAAGUUCUAACAGAAAUAGAUUCAGCUCAAAGCAUAAGCAAACAGUAUAGUACAGAUGAAGGAGAGCAUUUAUCAGCAACUGAGAGCAUGCAAAUGGAUGCUAUAAUGGAAAAUGAGAAACAACAAAACAAAUAUUCCCUUGAUAAAGAAGAAGAAUCUUUUGAAAGUAUUGGUGAAUUGACUUUGUCAACCAUCUCACCUAAUUCUACAGGAGCAAAUGAAACAGUUAUUAAAAUUGAAACUCCAAAGUCAGAGAAAAGUCAACACAUGACACAUGAAAGUUUUGUUGAUUCAUUAGAAUUAGAGAAAUUAAAAAUGAAGGAACAAAAGAUGCCUUACUCAUUGCCACAACCUAUGAAAAAAGUAUCAUUUGAGCAGGAGAGAUUAAACUUUCUUCGUCAAAAAAAUUGUGAGUUGCUUGGUAGGAAAUUGAUGAGAUGUAACGAGUUGGAAGAAAGAAUGAAGUAUUUGGUUGAGAAGUUUACUGCAAGAGAACUUGAUUUAGGAAUGAAAAACAGAAUAAUAAAGCAAGAAAAUACAGUCUUAAUAUUAGAACAUGACAACAUGGCCUUAAAAAACGAACUUAAUGCAAUGCGUGAAAAGAAUGUCAAGUUGAAUGAAGAUAUUACAAGAUAUAAACAUCUUGCUAAUAGACAAAACAUGACAUCAGGUGAAGAGUAUACCUGGAAGUCAAACAGAAAGGAAUCUUCCAAUAAGGUAAAUGAGGAUCUAGAUUUGCAAGCAGAAAUAAACCAACUAUUAAAGGAGAAUUCUGAAUUUAAAAAUGAAAUUAAGAAUCUGAAACUUGAGAAACUAGUUGAAACCAGACAGGAGCGGUAUGCAUUACCUAAUCAAAUCAACACAGAGGAUGACAUAUCGGAAAUCAGUGAAAGGAGUAUACCGCUUGAUGAAACAGAGAACGAUAUACAUACCUCUGAAACUUCAGUAAUGUUAAAGCCUAGUAAAAACAAAGUAAAAGACUUGCAUCCUGUUGUAGCCAUAUCUAAAAGUGAUGGUGAAAUUAGAAAGAAACCUGAAAUUUCACGUCCUCCUGCAGUACCACAGAAUGGCCUGUCAGAUGUCGCACCACGGAAGCCUAGCCGUCCUUCACGCCCAUCUCGUUUAUCAUUACCACAACAGUUUGAUAUGAAAGCUGAGCAAUCAAAACAAAGCAUAAACCUAAAAGAAAGUCAAGGUGGAAGUUCUCCUGUUUCAAAGCCUGCAUCAAAGGAUUUGUUUUCAGUUAAGAAUUUGCAAACUGCAACACAGAAGUCAACAAGUGUGUCUUCUCACAGUAACUUAGAUUCUUCAAAAGAUGAAACAGACUCAGUUGGUAAAGCUUCCAUAACUAGCACUGGAAGUAGAAAGGUAUUCCUUUUUUUCUGUGGAUUUUCCAACCAACUGACUAACUUAAAUCCUAUCCUAUAUCGAUUCCCAUCUAAGGUCAGUUGUAGAAGUUUAUGUCAUUGCAGGAUUUUUCUUAAAAAAAAGGUUAUAAAAAGAAACGCUAUGAAAAAAAUAUUAAUGAAGGGCACAAAGCACGGUUAUUUAAUCAUUUUAGCACAUUGCAAACCUAAAUCUAAGCUGCUUUUUAACAGUUUUGAAUGUUUACCAGGGUUUCUAAAUAUUCCAGAGAUGGAGCAGAAUGUCUGAAAGAAAAGAUCUGUUUGUUCGUUUCUCUCUUUGGAAUCUUCUUGAAGGCACUGGUCACAUCUUAGUCACCAUAUUUAAUGAUCCUAACGUGUGUGUUUUGACCAUUAGUCGGUUUUGUUUAUUAUUUUAUAUUUUCAAUCAGAUACGAAACAGACAAUGAUAUACAUACCUCUGAAGCUUCAGAAAUAAGACAUGACUAUAAAACAUUUAUUCCACCGACCCAACCACACAGAAAAGAAUAAGAAAAAAAUUUUCUUAUAUUGUGUCGCAUAAUAUUGCACAUAGAUAUCAACCUUAUUUCUCUUGUUUAAGGGUUCAUGUUGCUUUUUUAAAUUUGUAAAAAUUACGUUGAAAGCUUAAUCUUAAUCUAAGUAAGCUAGAUAACUUAUAUCAUGUUAUUUUCUCAUGUUUAUUUUUUUAGAUGAGUUUUAAACGAUUAAAGUUUUGGAAAGGAAAGAAUAAAUAAUAAAAAAUAAUAAA